AUGGAGUAUAAACAGCCGAUCGUGGCUGCCGAGUACGGCAGCGGAGAAACCGAUGAGCACCGUCAGCUGAGACGUGUCGCUUUCUUCGCCAUCGUUGUGUCCACCGCCGCGGUGAUCGCGUCGGUCAUCACUCUCCCACUCCUCUACAGCUACGUGGCCAGCUUCCAGAGCCAUUUGGUCAUCGAGACCGACUUCUGCAAGGGCCGCGCCCGCGACAUGUUCACCGAAAUGUCCAUCCUCCACAAGCAGGGCUUCGGCUCCGCUCGUGCCAAGCGUCAGUACAACAGUGCCGGCGGCCCAAGCGGUGGAUCCUCCCCCAACAGCGGCUAUGGUCCAGUGAUUGCGGCCGAAGCGCCAGCCGCCUGCUGCCCAUGCCAACAGGGACCACCCGGCCCACCAGGACCUCCCGGAGACGCCGGAGAUGCCGGUCUGGACGGACGCGACGGACAAGACGGUCUUGACGGACGUGACGGUCAAAUCCUCAAGAGCGCCAUCCCACAAGAGCCUUGCAUCAUCUGCCCACCCGGACCACCAGGAUCCCAAGGAUCUCCCGGACAAAAGGGACCCCGCGGACCCAAGGGAGCCCCCGGAGACAACGGAAAGGACGGAAACAAGGGAGAAGCCGGUCUCCAAGGACCUCUCGGACUUCAAGGACCAGUCGGACCACCCGGCCCACCAGGACCAGUCGGUGCUCCAGGACGUUUGGUUCAAGUCAACGGCCCCGCCGGACCCCAAGGAGUCCAAGGACCACCCGGAAACGCCGGACCCAAGGGAGUCCCCGGCCAAGACGGAACCAACUCCGUCGGACCAUCCGGAGCUCCAGGAGCCCCAGGAAACGCCGGACCUCAAGGAAACCCCGGACCUGCCGGACCCCCCGGAGUUGCUGGAGAAGCCGGAGAACAAGGCAGCUGUACCCACUGCCCUCCCCCACGUACCCCUCCAGGAUACUAG